AGGGGCGGGACAAAGAAACUGCCGUUACGUCGCAGCCUCUGUAAUGGCAAUUGACAGAGAGUGAGGAAGAAGAGGCGAAACUUUUUCAGCUACCAGUUGCUGUUGGAAUUGUUUAUGCUUGAUAACAACAGCAGUGUCACAUUCUUCUACUUUGACAGUGAUUCAGCGUUGUUGUCGUCGGAGUGAGAAUUGACCGUCUUUCGUGUGAGGCUAAAGUCGUGAACGGUGGUCUGUCUGUCUCGAAGUAGCUGAAUAACGUUACACCAGAAGUUUGUUCGACUUCGAUUAAAUACGUAGAGUCACCGAAGAGGAGAAGCUAUGACUAACAGAGAAGACGAAUAUGACUAUCUUUUUAAAGUGGUGCUGAUCGGAGAUUCAGGUGUAGGGAAGAGUAACCUGCUCUCCCGCUUCACCCGGAAUGAGUUCAACCUGGAGAGCAAGAGCACCAUCGGGGUGGAGUUUGCCACUCGCAGCAUCCAGGUAGAAGGCAAGACCGUCAAGGCUCAGAUCUGGGACACAGCUGGACAGGAGCGAUAUCGAGCUAUCACUUCUGCGUACUACCGUGGAGCAGUUGGAGCUCUCUUGGUUUAUGAUAUUGCCAAGCACCUGACAUAUGAAAAUGCUGAGCGCUGGCUGAAGGAGCUGCAGGACCACGCUGACAGCAACAUAGUCAUCAUGCUAGUGGGCAACAAAAGUGAUCUCCGCCACCUAAGGGCGGUGCCCACAGAUGAGGCCAAGGCCUUUGCAGAGAAGCAUGGCUUAUCUUUCCUGGAGACAUCAGCGUUAGACUCAUCUAAUGUGGAGCUGGCUUUCCAGACCAUUCUCACAGCCAUCUACAACAUCGUGUCACAGAGGCAGAUGUCAGGCCGAAGCGACUCAGACUUCUCACCAGCCUCCAACGUAGUGCCCAUCACGGUUGAGCCCACUCAAAACUCAGCCAAUAAGGGUGUCUGUUGCCAGACCAACUGAGACCUUACCACUGACUUCCUCCUUCACCUCCAGGCAAUUGGAGAAACAGCCAGAUAGACAAACAGGGACAGACAGAUGUAAAGGGAAAAUGGAGACAGGUAGAGAACCAUUUCACACAAGGACACUUGUACUGGGGUUGAUUUGUCUAUUGUCAGGUUAAAACUUAUACUGUAUUAAGAAAACUUAAUACAGUACGGGGGGGGAGGUGAGAUGCACCGUACCCAGUAUGCAUUAAUCUUUGAAAAGUUGUACAUGAUCAUAAUUGAUUCACAAUCUAAUGAAAAAUUUAACACAUUAUAAGGUCCCUUUUCUCUCUCAUCCCGAUUUCUCUCUUUGCAAACUGUCUCCCUUUGAAAGCUCUAUUUUACAAGCCAGUAAAUGCUUUCCCUCAAUUUCCCACUACCAGGGUAUUGGGCAAUAAAAAAAUCCACAUCCAAAAGACUGAACUGCAACCCCUCUGUCACCACUGUCAUUCCCAUUUUCCCUAAAUGUAUAAUAUUUAGAAAGUAAUGUCUCUUAAAAUAUUUAUUGAACACUAGAUUAAGGUCUUGUUUGGCCAAAGGGUUUGCAAUUUAACACUAGUUGGCUUAGAUUUUCCACACUGAUUGCUUCACAGCAAAGGAAGCUCUCUUCCUUUUUUUGAUGCGUUUGCCCACAAUUGUAUCUCUAUGUGAAGAAGCUUGUAAGGGCAACUACCCCUCACUAAUGGAGGAGCAAGGGCUUAAGUCAUUUUUCCUAAAUGCACAUGCUGGAAUUCGGUCGAAGUUGGUUGGUUCAAGUUGUGUUCCACCAGACCACUCAGAGCAAUAACAUCCCUCCCUAACAGUGACAUGUAAUUUCUUUUUGAUUGCUUUUGAUCUUUGUUUGGAAGGCUUUCCUGCUAUGUGCGGACUUGGUACUCUACAGAUGAGUCAUGCUCUUGCAAGCUUUGCACAGCAUUAACUCUAAAUGAAAUGGGAUAGCUGCAUCACUAGUGAAUGGGUUAACUGCCUCACAUGUUGGUGGGAUAGCAGUAUGACUGUUUCACCCUUGCCCUGAACAUUUAGGUGUAGUGGGAUUGAUUAGGGAAUUGGUUUAAAUGCAUGGACAACCCUCUGCUGGUGCUGCUGCUGCCUGCUAGCUGGGAUAGAUGGAUGGAUGGAUAGAUGGAUAAUGUUUCAGGGGAUGAGGUAGUGAAGGCACUCAGCCCUGCCCUGCUCCUGUGGUCUCUGAUGUACCCGAGAUGGCUUGUUUUACUGUAAGUGAAAUCCUCCACUGCCUGCUCACCUACUUGUUUCUGUCUCUCUAUACACUGUAUGUAACUGGAACAGGACUCUGCCUUCUGGGAUCUCCCUGAGGUCUGCCCUCGCUCUCACUUGUCUUCAUUUCCUGUGGAGGGGGCGGGGGUUGUAUUCAGGAGCCAAGAUUGGGUUGUUAGUAUCUAAUAGUUUAAUAGAUGAAGAAAAAGAGAAAGUAUGGUAGUGUUAGGAGGUGCUUAAUUAAAUCCAAAGGUUAUGCACACAGAUGGUGUUUAUCCUGCUGAUGUGUUUCCACAUCAACACUGACUUCUGUUGACUUCACAGGUCUUAAACUGGGUGGUGUAGGUUAGGGCUUUUUAACAUUUAUUCUAAUAUAUGUAUAUUUGGACUGCAUAUGUAUAAAUAAAUCUCAUUUGUUAUA